GUGGGCAGGUGCGAGCCGUGGGGCAAGGCAGCAAAUGCCACCGUAGGGAUGUGAUGACCCUGGCUCAGAACCCAAGUUCCCACUGUGGAGAAUGGGAGACGACGGUCAUCCUUUGGAGAGUGGGAGCCGGGUGGAGUGGGAGUCCCCAGAGCUUAGAAGGAAGGGGAUCCUAGCUUAGGGUGUCAGGUGCAUUCCCUGUGGAAAGAGGAACCCCAGAGUCAGAGGCCCAGCCUGCAGGAAGCCCUGCAGUGUAUGUGUGGUAACACCAUGUCUGUGCCCCUGCUCACCGACGCAGCCACCGUGUCUGGAGCUGAGCGGGAAACGGCCGCGGUUAUUUUUUUACAUGGACUUGGAGACACAGGGCACAGCUGGGCUGACGCCCUCUCCACCAUCCGGCUUCCUCAUGUCAAGUACAUCUGUCCCCAUGCGCCCAGGAUCCCUGUGACACUCAACAUGAAGAUGGUGAUGCCCUCCUGGUUUGACCUGAUGGGGCUGAGUCCGGAUGCCCCAGAGGAUGAAGCUGGCAUCAAGAAGGCCGCAGAGAACAUCAAGGCUUUGAUUGAACAUGAGAUGAAGAACGGGAUUCCUGCCAACCGGAUCGUCCUGGGUGGCUUCUCGCAGGGUGGGGCCCUGUCCCUCUAUACAGCACUUACCUGCCCCCACCCUCUGGCUGGCAUUGUGGCAUUGAGCUGCUGGCUGCCUCUGCACCGGAACUUCCCCCAAGCAGCCAAUGGCAGUGCCAAGGACCUGGCCAUCCUUCAGUGCCACGGGGAGCUGGACCCCAUGGUACCUGUUCGGUUUGGAGCCCUGACAGCUGAGAAGCUCCGGACUGUUGUCACACCUGCCAGGGUCCAGUUUAAGACAUACCCAGGUGUCAUGCACAGCUCCUGUCCUCAGGAGAUGGCAGCUGUAAAGGAAUUUCUGGAGAAACUUCUGCCUCCGGUCUAACUAGUUGCUGGCUCCCACCAUGGUCCCCCAGCUCAUGGGGGACCCAGCAAGCAAGCACCGCAUCAUCUUGGAUCUGAGCCGGUCGAGCCCCUGUCCCUUCUCUUCCCACCCUAUCCUCUUCCCACAGGCCUCUGGGGCAGGUCGCCGAGGCUGGCCAGGCCUUCUUGCUGGCCUUGGCCAUCUGGAAGUCAGCAGCGGGGUGGGCUGCUCUCUUAUCCUGCGUCCCCAGAGGCGGGCCCCAGCAGCAGUAUUGGAGGGGCUGUAGGCGGCGGGAGGAAGGGGCCCAGCUGCUGACCCGCUCACUCAGGACCUCACCCACUAGCCCCGCUUUGGGCCCCCUCCCGUGACCUCAGGGUUUGGCCCGUGGGGCCCUCGUGGGCCCCUCCCCCCAUGACUCUGCCCGGAUAAUCGUCUCUCCUGCCUCGCUGCAGCCGCUUCUGUCACGAAUGUGUCCAUGGCCCGGGGCCCUUGCUGCUGUGGGCUGCCUGCUCCAGGACAGGCUGGCCAGUGAGGAGGUAGAGUCCCUCGGGGCCUCCCCUCAGCCCCUCCCCGAGAGGGGCUGGACCCUGCCUCCCCAUGGCCCUUCCUUGCAGGCCUGGAGCCUGCAGGGCUGGAUUGAGGUUCAAGGGCCCCCCCAACUCCCUGCUGUCUCACCCCCACUAUGUCCCCCCUUAGGGCCAGGGAGGUGGUGGGGGAGGAGUUGUGUCUUGUCUUCUGUCUUCAUGUGGUUUUGGGUGUUUUUCUCGUUUUGUCCUGGAUUCCGAUAAAAUUAAAGGAAUUGCUUCAA